AUGCCAUUGGAUUCGGACCCGCGGAAUCUCAUAGUCAACUACAUCCCAACUCCUGUCACGGAUGCAGAGUUGCGGCAGCUCUUUGAGCAGUUCGGCGUCGUGGAGUCUGCGCGCGUCAUUGUUGACAGAGCAAAUAACAACCAUCCAAAGGGGUACGGAUUUGUGAAGUUCAGUUCGGAGAUGGCCGCACGCGCUGCUAUUGAAGGAAUGAACGGGUUCCAGAUUUACAAUAAGCGACUGCGUGUGACCCCCGCCCGCGGCCCGCAGAACGCGCACACCAAUAACGGCAACAACAAGCUGACGUCGCUGCUGCAGGCCAGGAUGGGAUCGCCGCACUCACCGGCGGCUUCUUCACCAUCACCGCCGUCGCUGCCGUGCAGUGGCGGUAGCGACAUGGGUCACAGCUCUCCCAUCACGAUGCCGAUGCCGAGCUUCGCACCGUACCAGUUCAUGCAGCAGCUGCCCACAAGUGCUGGCUCUGCCUCCAUGACGCGACCCACCUUUGCCAUUGUCGACGGUGUGCCCGUGCCGGUGUUUCCGACGUCGCAGACAAUCAUGACAGCACCGGCAGGUUCACCGUGCUCAAGCGCAUUGACAGGAUUCGUCUCGCAGAGCCCCGCCAAUAGCACCAACACCAACCACCACAUCAUGACCAAUGCCACGGACGGUGGCUUAUUGAAUAUGGCUUCGCAGCCGCCUCGAAAACUGGAGGCACAACAACAGCCAGCAUACUCUGCAAUGGUGCAGCCGCUCUAUUUCCAGCCCUUUCGCCCGUACACAACGGCUCAUGAUCCGUUAAUUCAGGGAAGUGGUUCCUCCUACUUAACGUCAGUGACAUCACUCGAUAUGAACAGCAACAGUGGCAACAGUAAGCCAUUUGGCGCAAACGGUGCAUUUUUUGUUGAGCCCACUGCCAACAUCCUACUGAUGUGA